AUGGCGCGCACGGUGAAAGACUGCCAGGCAGAUAUCGCCGAGCACGAGAAGUCACUCGUGGAGCUUCGAGCAAUGAUGAAUACCAUGCGGGAGUCCAUCAAAGUUAACCCGGAUAACAUCGCCGAAUUCCAACCUCUUAUCGAUCUAACGGAAAUACGAUACAAGGAAGAUGAGGCAAAGCUUGCUGACUUGACCAAAGAGCUAGCUGUGCUACAAGCUCAGGAGAAGAAGGCUACUCAGCCAGAGAAAUGGUCUAUCGAAAAUCACCCAAUUCUUGGCAAGAAGCCCGAAAUCACGGAAACCCCACCUGCCGACGUGCAAGUCAUCAACACAUUCAAGGUCAACGACAUGGUGAUGGCACGCUGGAUCCACGGAGACCGUGCUUUCUACAAGGCGAAGAUAACCAUGGUCAUGGGCUCCGCAGCAGCCCCCAAGUUCCGCGUCAAGUUUCCUGACUUCAACAAUGACACGGACGAAGGUCUAGAGUUGACCGAUAUCAAAGCAUUGGACCCGUCAAAGAAGAGGAAGGCUGAAGAGACAGCAGCACCGGCGGCAGCCCCUGUCAAGACACCUGUCACCACCAAUGUCAUCUCUGCGCCGGCCAGCAUCGAUGUCAAUCUCGCCUCUCAGGCCCGACAGGAGCCCAGCAAGGUCAGCGAUGGCCCUCCGAAGCCCGCCAAGAUGGCUCGCAAGGCCCGUGGAAACAGAGUUCUCGAGAAGAGCAAGAGCAACUGGCAAGCCUUCCAGGCCAAGGGAACCAAGAAGGUCAAGAAAGAGUCUAUGUUCCGGACUCCGGAUCUUCCCAAUGCUAGGGUUGGCUUCACUGGUUCUGGUCGUCCUAUGGCCAAGGAUCCUACCCGCACCAGACACACCUACACUGUUGAAGACGACGGCGACUACGAAAACUGA